AGAGAGAGAGAGAGAGACCCACAACAGGCACCAACACUAUUCUUUGCUUUCACUGCUCUUCUUCACCCUUUACAUAGUCCUUUACAUCACCAACACCUCCAACCAUUCAUCCUCUCUCUCACUCACUCUUAGAUUCUUGCAUUGUCUCAAGAAUUGGUGGUGGGUACUUGUGAAGCUUGCAGAAUGAUCACCACAGAGCUUUUGGAUGUUCAACCCAAUGAACUCCAAUUCACAUUUGAGGUAAAGAAGCAGAGCACAUGUACAAUACAACUUGGGAACAGGUCUGACCAGUGUGUUGCUUUCAAGGUGAAAACCACUUCUCCAAAGAAAUACUGUGUGCGGCCAAAUACAGGCAUCAUAAAGCCCAGGGCAACAUGUGAUUUCACAGUUACUAUGCAAGCUCAGAAAGUAGCUCCACCUGAAUUGCAGUGUAAAGACAAGUUCCUAAUCCAAUGCACAGUUAUUCCAUUUGGGAUAUCAGAGGAGGAGGUUACAUCUGACAUGUUUGCAAAAGAUAGUGGCAAAUACGUUGAGGAGAAGAAGUUAAGAGUGGUGCUCACCAGCCCACCCCCUUUUCCAGAAUUUCUACAUGUUAAUGGAGAGCCGAAGGAAGAUCUUUGUUAUGAAACUUCAGCACAAAAGGACAGAGUUCUGAAUGAAGUUGAAUACAUACCUCCUCCUCAAAGGGUUGCUGACAAUGUUGACGGUGAAAGUUAUAAGGAUGAGUCAAGAGCAGUUAUGCAUGCAGAGGAAUUGAAACCAGAAAAAAAUGCUGUUGUGUUGAAUUUAGCAAAGGACUUGGAGGAGUUGAAAUCAAAGCUCAGUACAGUGAAUUUAAAGCUAAAAGAGGCUGAUCUUACCAUCAUUAAGCUAACAGAAGAAAAGAGAAUGACCACUCGAGAGAAGAAUAUGCUUAAACAUGAAUCGGAGUUGUUGAGUAAGAAGAACAAUGCAAGAAGCAUUAUGGUUGGCUUCCCUCUUCUUUAUAUUUUUCUGGUUGCUCUUAUCAGCAUAGCAAUCGGAUACUUUGCGCAUCCUUAGAUAAAAGUAAAAUUCUGUCUAGAUAUGUUGUAAAUGUGAUCAUUUUUCUCUCAUGACUAGCCUUGCAUGUCUAUGAGACUAUGACACCAGAAGAUGUUCUAUCUCAUCAGUAGGAUAUAUAUGGACAAUCUGAAUUCUGCAUGUAAGGAGAGCUCAUCUUUCAAUCAAAAUAACUAGUUCAGCAAUAUGGUGGAAUUGUAUUUGAAAUUUGCAAUUCAAAACGCACCA